CAUUGUCCAGCACAUCAAUCAUUUUCGCUCCAUCUUGUCUUCUCUUCACACAGAUCGCCAUUGGGGAAACUUGAGAUCUCAAGGAGAAAAUGGGGAGGAUGGAAUAUUUGGCUAUGAAGACUGAUCAGGCCACUGCUGAUCUCAUCACUUCUGACUUUAACGAGCUCAAGAUCGCAGCAAAGAAGCUCAUGAAUGAUGCUACGAGGCUCGGGGGACUCGGCUUCGGCACUUCUUUUCUUAAAUGGGUCGCCUCAUUCGCUGCCAUUUAUUUGCUGAUAUUGGAUCGAACAAACUGGAGAACCAAUAUGCUGACAUCACUUCUAAUACCUUACAUUUUCUUGAGUCUUCCUUCAGUGCUAUUUCACUUUCUAAGAGGAGAGGUCGGGAAAUGGAUUGCUUUCAUUGCUGUGGUUCUCAGGCUCUUCUUGCCACGACACUUUCCGGAUUGGCUGGAAAUGCCGGGCUCAUUGAUUCUUCUACUGGUUGUUGCACCAAACUUCUUUGCACACACCUUGAAAGACAGCUGGAUUGGUGUUGUAAUUUGCCUUAUUAUUGGUUGCUAUCUACUGCAAGAACACAUCCGAGCAUCUGGUGGAUUCAGAAAUUCCUUUACGCAAACCCAUGGUAUCUCAAACACCCUUGGCAUCAUCCUCCUGUUGGUCUAUCCUGUGUGGUCAUUGGUACUCCACAUCUUUUAGGCAUUGAAAUAAUGAGCAGGAGGGAGUCGUUUUCGACAAGUGAAGAUAAUUUUCUCCAGUAUUUUACAUUUCUGUGGAAGAUUUCUAGUUGUUUAUGACUUUAUUCAAUGGUAAUUGCGUUUCCAUUUGUUUUAAUCUUUUUCGGUGUAACAAAUUCCUCUAAUAAUUUGUGGCAAACAGAAGAAGAUCGAACUUUGGGUAAACAUCAUUGUAAAGUUAAUGCAUAUUGUCAUCAAUCUGUACUACCCAUUUGAGUAGACAAAGAAAAGAAGUCUGUUGCAUCUUGAAUUUGAGCAUUCACGUAGUGGAAA